AUGAUGGGACUUGAUAAUCAUACUUUCAACACCGACUUCAUUCUUUUGGGACUGUUCUCUUCUUCACAAACAAGUCUAGUCUUUUUCUCAUUGGUAUUCUUCAUUUUUAUUAUGAGCAUAAUAGAAAAUUCCCUCAUGAUCCUCCUAAUCCGCAGGGACCCUCGACUGCAUACCCCAAUGUACUUCCUGCUCAGCCAUCUCUCCUUCAUGGAUAUCCUGCACAUUUCCAACAUUGUUCCUAAAAUGAUCGCUGACUUUCUGUCAGGCAGCAAAACUAUUUCCUUUGCAGGCUGUGCCUUCCAGAUAUUUCUGUCCAUCACCUUGCUAGGUGGUGAGUGCCUUCUCCUGGCAGCCAUGUCUUAUGAUCGCUAUGUGGCCAUCUGCCACCCACUUCGGUACCCUGUGCUGAUGAGGGAGAACUCCAGUGGGCUCAUGGCUGCAGGAUCCUGGCUCGUGGGAAUCUCCAACUCCAUAGUCCACACAGCUCUUGUGCUGCAUUUUCCCUACUGUCACUCUAGGGCCAUUGAUCACUUUUUCUGUGAAAUCCCGGCCAUGUUGAAAUUGUCUUGUGUAGACACAUCACACUAUGAACGAGCAGUCAAUAUAAAUAGCAUUAUUUUCCUGCUGAUACCUCUGUUCAUGAUCACUCUGUCUUAUAUACAAAUUUUACGGACUGUUCUCCAAAUGCAGUCAUCAGGCACACGUAAAAAAUCGUUUUCCACCUGUUCCUUCCACAUGGUUGUGGUCAUAAUGUACUAUGGGCCAUUUAUUCUCACAUAUAUGAGACCACAAUCAUACCACACUCCAGGCCAGGAUAAGUUCUUGGCAAUAUUCUACACCAUCCUGACACCCACACUCAACCCCAUUAUCUACAGCUUUAGGAAUAAAGAUGUUCUCAUGGCUGCAAAACACAUGCUCCACAGCAAUUUUUUGCAUAAAAAAAUAAAUGCAAAAUAA